UAACAGAUGCUGUUGGUUGAUUUUGUGUGAGUUAGUUUUCCCUGUGUCAAAUGGACAAAAUCCUUGGGCAUAAGUAGGUAAUCAAAUCUUUGAGUUGAAAAUUUACGACCCCGUUAAAAAUCAGGCGCCGGCCGCCGGGAUCGAUCCUGGAUCACAUCGAGAAUUGUCUUUUGCGCUACAUAACCACCGCCCGUUCUUACCUCUGAAUACGAUGGAGAGAGAAAAACGUACAUUAGUUCAGUGGGCCACAGACCGCAUCUACAGAUGUCUCAGAGUAACCUAGAGCGUCGAGAGAUCGAUUAAACACCAAAUAGCGAUGAGCAAUCAAGUCCUUUGGGUUGAUCUGACGCAGAAACAAGUAACACAAAGGAGGCAACGCUAACUUCAACCGUGCAGAUUUUGCCUGCAAGACAAAAUAAGUUGCACGACGUCAACAAAAUUAUAAUGAUAUUUGUCUCUUUUUGCCAAAUACAGACCAGGCUCCAAAAUGGCCUCAGGCCGCAGAGGUGUUGGCCAGUGCCAAACAGUGACUAAACUUCUCCAACUGUCACUUUCGUCCACGGCCUUGGAGACAUGUUCGCAAGUAAAUAGCGACGCCAUACACAGGAUGAAAGUUAAGAGCCAUCUUUGCUUCUCCGCAUAUUUGCAUUACUACUAGUGAAUGCAGAGUUAAGUGUUAGUGCUACGCUUCGCUAAACCGAAAAGUUGUUAAAUUUGAUCGAGCCACCAUCUUGUGUAUCUUCUACCUUGCUAAUAUCACAGAAAAUGUUGUCCUGGUUUACUUUCAUUUUUCUUCAAUUCAAAUAACUUAAUAAUUUCUUAACUUUAAAUAAACCUCGCCUUAUUUAUUUUACAUACAUUUUGUGAAAACGUCUGUCCCAGAAGUAUUCACAAGGUAUUAAUCUGUGAGUUCACUCAAAAAAUAUUUUUAGAAAUUUAGGUGUGUUAUGUUUAUCGCGAGUAAUUAGCGGAAAAGAGUAUUUAGCGAGCUUUGGUUAGUCAGAGGUAAAACGUUGAGGAAGAGAAACAUUGUUUCGGCAACUUCACCACGAAAAGAUUCGGUAUAGAUGCGUCUAAUUGGAGUCAUAUGCGUUAAAAAUCAGUGUGAAGGUGCUUAAGCAUGUUUUGUCCGUGAGUCUGGUUUCGUGGCGUAGAAAAUGUACACGGAUUUCUACACAGAGAACCCGAGGGAGGAAUAGUUUCUUCGAGUUUCUUUAAAUAUUGGGCCACAGCCCAACAAAAGAAGAAAACACAAAAGAAGCAACGUUCUUUUGUUAUGAUUAGUCAAACUGUUAAUGUAUGUGCUGUCGGAAUUUGUCAGUUGAUUCUCUUCUCUGGUUAUCAAGCUUUAUCGGAUCUUCAGAAAACACUGUUAGUAAGCGCACACGAUGACAACCCUAAUUUCAACGUCGAUGGCUACACUCUCUCUGGAGUUCUAUAUACAUCUUUCGCCAUCAGUGCAUGUCUCGUUCCUUCGGUUAUUUCAUACAUUGGCGCCAGGUUGACGAUGUUUUUUGGAGCUGCCUGCUAUGUGGCCACACCCGUUGCAAUUCUUUUGGAAAAUACAUGGCUACUUUACGCAUCAGGAGCACUCAAUGGAAUCGGAGCCGGUUUUAUAUGGACCGCCGCUUCGAAUUACCUAGUUCUCAACUCUACGGAACUAACGCUAGCACGGAACAUGGCUCUGUUUUGGUUCUUCUAUCAAUGCGGGCAGUUCCCGGGCAAUCUGUUCACGUAUUUUGCAUUCAGACACUCAACAGUGAAAGUAGAUGAAGCUACACGUAGACUGGUCUUGUAUGUUUUGACCGGUAUGAUGGCUACGGGAGUUUUCGCGUAUCUGCUGCUCAGAGAAGUGCCCAAAAGUGAAAAAGAACCAGACGCCGAUACGCCUUUGCAAGCGUUGAAGAAGACUUGGAGCAUAGCUUUAUCAAAGAAAACGGCUGUUCUUCUUUUGGCCUAUGGAUAUUGUGGAUUGCAUUUGGCGUUCAUCUUCGGUAUCUACGGAUCUAGCAUUGGUUUUACUUUACAAAUCGGAGAGGGUGUUAAAAGACUCGUGCCUUUGGCUGCAAUUUUGGUUGGAUGCGGGGAAGUAUCAGGUGGGAUACUGGGGCAAAUUUUUGGAAACGUGAACGUUUAUCGUAUCAAUUUAUUUUUCGUUUUGGCUGUGAUAAUCAACUGCAUCUUUUAUCUAGUAGUAUUUUUGAGCUUACCAUCUGACGCAAAUUUUGGAAAUACGUUUCAGAAAUCUAUCAUUGAACCAAAGCCAUGGGUCUUGUUAUUGGCAAGUUAUUUCUUCGGUGUAGGCGACAGUUUUCUAAACGUCCAGCUAUACACAUUGGUAGGAUCGCUUCAUCCGAGAGAUAGUGCUCCCGCAUUUAGCGUCUUCAAAAUCUUACGGACUGUAUUCACUGCCUCCAGCUACUACUACAGCAGCUAUCUACCAUUGUCGACUCAGUUGUUGAUUUUAGCGAUUAUAGGAAUUUCGGGAAUGAUCACUUUCAAUAUUAUAAACGUCACUCAUGAGCGCAAGAAAGCAGCAGACAAAUGUUAAUAUGUUUUUUCUUGGUCGUGUUUUUAUUUAUAAGUAAGAACUUGUACUAAAAUUGAUGUAAUCUCGUUGUACUGUGUUUCCAGAAGAAUAUAAUUUUUCCAGUUCCUUGA